CUUAAAAAAACCCUAGGAGCAACCUGUAAUCGUCAAAAACUCUCUACGCCCUUUACGCCCCCAAUCUCGUCGGAUCUAUAAUCUUCAAUUGUUUUGCUUGAACAGAAAUGAAGAUCAUCGCCGCGUACUUGUUGGCCGUUUUGGGUGGCAACACCAGCCCUUCCGCCGGGGAUUUGAAGGACAUUCUCUCAUCAGUUGGAGUAGAGCCUGAUGAGGGGAGGAUUCAGUUGCUCUUGACUGAAGUCAAGGGAAAAGAUAUCACAGAGUUGAUUGCUUCUGGAAGGGAGAAGUUGGCGUCUGUCCCGUCUGGUGGUGGUGCAGUUGCUUACUCUGCACCCGCAGGCGGUGCUGGUGGUGGUGCUGAUGCCCCGGCUGCGGCUGCUGAGUCGAAGAAGGAAGAGAAGGUGGAAGAGAAGGAGGAGUCUGAUGACGAUAUGGGUUUCAGUCUCUUCGACUAAAAACUUAAAGAUGUUUGCUUUCUUUCUUUCUUGUCCUGAGGUGUCUAUCUCAUUUUCGGUUGGAUUGUGUAGAUGGGUGCUUUGUCAUGAGUUUUUGGUCUGUAGUUGAACUUUGUUUUAGAUGCUUAGAUGAGAGUAAUUUGAGACAAUUCUGAGAUAAUUUUAAUUACUAUUGAAUUUCAUCUUUCCGGAGUUGUGGUUGCAGUGAAUCCUGUAGCUUUUCAAUUAAUACUACUUAAAUUUGAGUUUUUA